AUAGAACGCUAGCCUGUACCUGUAAAUCAGACUCUUUCUAUAUCCUCCCUGUUCUCUUGCGCGACCACCGCACCGCAUUCGCCACGUGCCGCAUCAGAACCAUGGAUAGCUCAGGGGUGCUGCGCGGGCUGCUGUGCAUCGGCCUCCUGUCAGUGAUGUGCCGCGGACAGGCGUCACAAGAAGUUUCAUCCGAGGAAUUUGGCGCUCAGACAUUUGACGCGGCCAACGAAAAAGAACUUAUGGAUGUGAUGGAGACUCUUCUGGGGAAGAUGAACCACCGUUUUCCAUCCACCGACAAGCGAGGCAGCAUCCCAAUUUGUGGGAUGCGUGACAGGUGUGCUAUGAGACUGGGUCCCCGUAUUGGGAAGCUGUGUGAUUGCGGCAGGGGCGGCAACUGCAACUCCUUCCUCCUUAAAUGCAUCUAGGCUCCGGGCAGGAUAGCUGCCUCACUGUGUGACCACCACAGGCAACAGUCCUGACUCCACUACCAGUCCACAUAGGGAGGUAUUCUCUAACAACCCCCACUGUGUCCAUAACAUGCUAUGCAGCAACCUCAAGCUGCUAUGCAGCAUUACAUAACUUGGGUUAGGUCUAUCUGGUCAGUUUAUCACCCCAUUAUUUAACAUGUUGUUUCUGCAUGAAUUGAAUUGCAUUGAAAAUACAUAUUGUACUCACUACAAAUGUCGGAUUGUGAAAUAAAGAGA